GCUCUACAUAAAUGGCUGGGGCUGAGGGCGUCGUGAUGGUGCGAUUCUGGCGCUGCGUGGGUGUCGGGGAGGUAGUGUUGCCUUGUGCCGUGAGGCUGACCUCGGAGCGGGACAUCUUUUCCGUCUUCGCGACCUUCUCCUGGCUCCUGCAGCUGCUGUGGUCCUCCAAGAGAGUCAGGUGAUAUUUAACUGCCACCUGUGUUGUGAACACUGUUUUCAUAAUGGAGUUUCUUGAUUUGGGGAAGCAUUGUUCAGAAAAAACUUGCAAGCAACUAGAUUUUCUUCCACUGAAAUGUGAUGCAUGUGAACAAGAUUUCUGUAAAGAUCACUUUACCUAUGCUGGUCAUAAGUGUCCCUUUGCAUUCAAAAAGGAUGUCCAGGUCCCUGUGUGUCCACUUUGUAAUGUCCCCAUUCCCAUAAAAAGGGGAGCAAUAGCAGAUGUGGUGGUUGGUGAGCACAUGGAUAGUCAUUGCACAAAUAAUCCUGGGACAAAGAAUAAGAUCUUCACAUACCAGUGCUCCAAAGAGGGAUGCAGGAAGAAGGAGAUGCUGCGGCUGGCGUGUGUACAGUGUCAUGGUAACUUCUGCAUUCGGCACAGACACCCUCUGGACCAUGACUGCAGGGCUGGGAGCUGCGCUGUCAACAGAGCUGGGUGUCAGACUACAAGAGCCUCUGAGUCUAAGCCAUCAGGAGCUCUAAAUGCCCUGUCUUCCAGUUGGCUGGCCCAGCGACUCGGAUGGAAAGUGAAGUGAUGAGGGAAUGCUGUCCACCAGGCCUGUCAGCUUGUCUGCCCUGUUCCUGCCUUGCAGGUGACAGAUGCUCUCGUGCUUUCUUCUCCUGGAGGACCAUAAAAUUUUUCAGUGAUACAAGCAAAUUUGAGGAGGGUAUUGACACUCCAAGAUGGGUUAUGUUACCAUAAUGAUAAAGUGACUUCAAGAGCAAGAGGAUCCAAGUGAGCCAGAUCAGCAACAGCACUGCCCUGUACUUGGUCCAGCACCCAGUCUCCUGUAGGAUUCUGUCCCUUAAACACCAGACAACUGGCCCUAGCUCUGGGACCUCCCCCAUGUAGCAUCUGUAUUGAGUGAGCCCUUUGAGCCCAAGGAAAGGAGGAAUGUCUCUUGCCUUAUUUUACUCUCUGUCUAGGGGGUUC